AUGGGGAGCCCUCUGCUCUGGGACCUCCUGCUGCUGGUGGCCUCCCAGGCCCUGACCCAAACCCGCGCAGGCUCGCACUCCCUGCUGUAUUUCCGCACCAUUGUGUCCCGGCCCGGCCUUGGGGAGCCCCGGUUCAUCGCCGUCGGCUACGUGGACGACACGCAGUUCGUGCGCUUCGACAGCGACGCGGAGAGUCUGAGAUAUGAGCCGCUGACCACGUGGGCGAAGCGGGAGGGACUUGAGCAUUGGGAGAGGCAGACACGGUUUGUCAAAAUCAGCGAGCAGAUUUACCGAGGGAAUCUAAGGACCCUGCUCGACUACUACAACCAGAGUGAGGGCGGCUCUCACUCCAUCCAGGUGAUGUAUGGCUGUGACAUGGGGUCGGACGGGCGCCUCCUCCGCGGGUACCGUCAGGACGCCUAUGAUGGCCGCGAUUACAUCGCCCUGAACGAGGACCUGAGGACGUGGACACCGGCGGACAGGGCGGCGCAGAUCACCCGACGCAAGUGGGAGCAGACUGGUUUUGCAGAGAAUGAAAAGGCCUACGUGGAGGGCACGUGCUUGGAGUGGCUCCGCAGAUACCUGGAGAAUGGGAAGGACCAGCUGCUGCGCACAGAACCUCCUCCUCAGUCCACUGUCCCCAUCAUGGCAGUCAUUGCUGUUCUGGUUCUCCUCGAAUCUGUGGCCAUCAUUGGAGCUGUGGUGGCUGUGGUGAGGAAGAGGAGAAACACAGGUGGACAAUGA